UCAAAGCCGUCGCCACAGCGCUGACAUCCAAAACUGUUUCUCCACACCCGCAAUCUAGUUUUUGUCGUUCCCGAAGCGAAACGAAAUGCUCCCUGCGACUUUCAAACUCUUUGCUGGCAUCUCCUACCGACAUAUGAGGAACAUAAGAGGUUUAAGAAAGAAUGCAAUUGUGGCUAUUCACCAUGACCUGGACCGACUUGCAGGUCCAGGCCCGAGUCACUGGAUCAGCCAAGUCCGGAGACGAAGUUCCCUCCUCAGUUGCCCGAUUAGGGAGGAGAGUGGAUUCAGUGAGGAGGAAAUGUCCUAUGUCAAACAAGGUGAAGAUGCGCUGAAGACGGCUAUCGGAAUUCUCAGCGAGCAGGACGGCUGGACUGUGGAAACGGUCGCCCCAAACGGUGACAAAGUCCUGAGUAAGAUGUUGCCCGGCGUGGGGAAGGUGUUCAGGCUGGAAGUGCUGUUGGACCAGCAUCCGGACAGCCUUUACGGGGAGCUGGUGGGAAACAUGGAGCAGAUGGGGGAGUGGAACCCAAAUGUGAAGCAGGUCAAGAUUCUUCAAAAGAUCGGCAAGGACACGAUGGUGACGCACGAGGUCUCAGGAGACACCCCCGGCAAUGUAGUGGGGCCUCGGGACUUCGUCAGCGUUCGCUGCGCCAAGCGCCGCGGAUCGGCCUGCUUCCUGGCCGGGACGGCCACUCGGCACCCGAACAUGCCCGAGCAGAGGGGCGUGGUCCGGGCAGAGAAUGGGCCCACCUGUAUAGUCCUGAAGCCCAGCAAUGAAGACCCCACGAAGACCAAGUUCACCUGGUUACUGAAUAUAGAUUUAAAGGGCUGGAUCCCAAAAACCAUCAUCAACAAAGUGCUGUCCCAGACGCAGGUGGACUUCGCCAACCACCUCAGGCAAAGGAUGGCCACUCAGGUUUCCCUGGAGAUGGCCGACGCGUGCUGACACAAGAUGGUCUGCGCUGCAGCAAACUCAUGCACCGUCAAACAUCGCAAACACGCUAUGAUCAGAGCAGAAAACAACAAUUAUUAGGCAAAGUAGAUGAAUAUAUCGCUUGAUUUACACCUGGAAACAUGAGCAAUCUUACACCUCUUAAUAGGCGACCUAUCAGUGAGACAACAAUCACGUUUCUGAUUAACGUUAACAAUGUAGAAACUGCACAUUGGUAACAACAUGGGUAUCGUCCAUUGCCGUAUUUUGAAAAUGCAGAUUUUAUUGCAGCGCUUUAUUUAUUGAUUUUGUGCAGUCGCGUUCAAUCAGCCGCCAUGUGAAUAAAAGAUUUCUAUGCUAUUGAUAUUUAUGAUCGUAUACGAAACAGCACCGAGGUGCUACUUAUCCUAUUUUCUCCUGAUGCACUAGAACUCAAAGAAAUGCAAAAAGAACACUUUGUGUGUAUUCUUGCCCGACCCUGCAGUAGAAUUGAAAUGAUUGUCAGCUUUAUGGGGAGCAUACGUAACCGAGCACAGUAAAACACACAUGCCGACGUUCUUCGCUGACAGCUUGCCAGAGAGCUGGGGCGCUCGGUCCGUCUUACGGGCGCACGGAUGCCAGCAGCACAUUUCCUCACAAGUAACAAUGGAUUUUUUUUUUUUUUUUUUUUUAAAUCUCUUAAAGGAAAUCAGUUUCGUGGCCACUUGUGUAACAUUUCCGCUUUUUGUGGUGAGCCACUUCGUCCAAAAUAUCUGCACUGAGGAGAGUCUUCUCCCCGCUGGAGCACAAACUGACUAAAGUUUCACCCGAAACCGCAUUCUUCAGCACCACUCUCGCCAUCAACGUGAGCAACCACCCAUUCACAUAGUUGUGCCCGAGUGGUUACGGGUUCGAAUCUUGGAAUUUGCAUGUGCUCCCGGCGCCUGCGUUGCCCAUGGGUCGAGUGUGAAUAUUAAUCAGAGUUGAACAUGCUUGGUUGGUAUCGCUCGUUUUAUGUGCUAUUAUUUGGCAUUUGGUAGUACCGCAACUACAAAUAAUACAAAUAAAGCUUUACGUCUUGUCAUUGAA